CGCAACUCCCUCCGCAAGCCCGCCGAACGAGCUGUCACGCAAGCAAGCUGGGGCGAAGCAAAGUGGUUGCGAGCGGGGCAGCUAUGCCACUACGCGCGUGAGCUCCGAAGCCAGCAUGGCUUUGCGCUGAAUCGCACGGCAGAGUCGCGGCGCGAUAAAACAAACAUGCACUUGAGACCCGUGGCAUCGGACGUGGGCGACGCAGCGACGAUGUGGAACGACGAAGGAUUUGAACGUGCCUCGCCGAACCAACGCGAUGUCGCCUAGCGCCGCUCUCCGUCAACAUGCCGGGGGUUGUGGUGUUCAAGCGGCGUUGGUCGGUCGGAUCCGACGACUUCGUCGUGCCCGGAAUAUUCCUGCUCGUCCUACACACGAUAUGGCUGAUAGUUCUGGCGGUGCUGCUGCUGGUCCUGGACUUCGGCGAGGUGGCGUGCAUCUCGGACCUUCAGGGGCACAUGCUGGGCUACAUCGUGAUCCUGAGCGGCUGCGUCGUCGUCGAGGGCUUCAUCUCCUGGGUCUCGAUGCGCGGCAGCAUCCUGGACACGGCGCCGAGGGCCUCCAUGCAGUACCUGCUCUACGUCAGGCUAGGCAUCCUGCUUGUCGAGGUCUCGUGGCUUGUCGUCGGAGUCAUCUGGGUGAGCAACCAUUAUGACAGCUGCCCCAUGGGCUUGGCCAAGGACGCCGUCCUGGGGAUUAUCGUCUGCAAUUGGUGCGUCCUUCUGAGCGUCCUGGUGACGGUCUGGUGCACGUUUGACCGCGCCGGGAGGACAUGGGUGAAGAUGAAACGCUACCAGAGGAGCCUUAAGGACGGGAAGCUGCGGUACAAGCGCUCGGGCAGUUCCCACCGCAACUGGAGGCACAGGAAAGCAGUCCGGGAAUACCAGGACAGCUGGAACAAGAGGUGUCGCCUUCUCUUUUGUUGUAUGGGGACCAACGACAGGAAUCGGAACUCCUUCACGGAGAUCGCCAAGCUUCUCUCCGAUUUCUUCCGGGAUUUGGACGUGGUGCCUUCGGACGUGGUCGCCGGCCUGGUGCUCCUAAGGAAGUUCCAGCGCCAGGAGAGGCUCGUCAUCGCGCAUCAGACGGGAAAUGACACGUACCAGUUUCUCUCUGGCGUGGCUGUCACCCCAAGCACCCGAUUUUUAGACGUCAAUCAUCCUAACGUUUGCGACGCGGUCAUGGCCAUCACCCACUAUAUGCACUACGCCCUGGGAGUCUACGGCUGGCCCAUGUUCAUGAUGUCCCAUGGGGGCACGGGCUGCUGUAAGCUCUUCCCCAGUCUCAGAUGCUGUUGUCUUCCGUCGCGCAAGAAGAAGCGCGACCGCGCCCUGGUGGUGGAGGACAACUGCUGUUACUGCAACUACGCCGCCCUCAAGAACAUGGUGAACAACCACAACAUGGAGGUGGUCUACGUCACGUACCACGUGGAUGUCGGAGAGACCCCAUUCUUCGUAGCUGUGGACCACGAGAAGCGGACGGUGGUGGUCUCGGUGCGAGGAACCCUGUCUCUGCAGGACGUCUUGACGGACCUUAACGCUGAGGGCGAACCGCUGCCCACUAACCCUCCUCACGAAGACUGGCUUGGACACAAGGGCAUGGUGCAAGCAGCGGAAUACAUCCGGCGGAAGCUUGUGGACGAAGGGAUCCUCUCCCAAGCCUUCAACUACAGUUUGGACAAAGGAACCACUCAGUACGAUUUAGUGCUGGUUGGUCAUUCGCUCGGCGCUGGAGCGGCGGCCAUCUUGGCGAUCCUGCUGAAGCAGGACUUUCCGAACCUCCUUUGUUACGCUUACGCUCCCCCGGGCGGCCUUCUCAGUCUUCCAGCCGUGGAGUACAGCAAGACCUUCAUCACGUCUGUGGUACUCGGCAAGGACGUGGUUCCCAGAAUAGGGCUGCACCAGAUGGAGGCGCUCCGAACGGAUCUCAUCAACGCUAUAAAAAGGAGCGAAGACCCCAAGUGGAAAAUCAUUCUUGGAGGCGUCUUCUGCUGUUGCCCGGAUGAGGUCAAUUUCGACCGAAUGGAAGACCUGACGUCAGCGUCACGGGACGUGACGUCACAUCCCAGUGAUUCCACGAUAGCCCUGACGGCCCACCAGCCCCUCUACCCACCGGGAAGGAUCAUCCACAUCGUGCGAAAUCACCCCAAGGACCAAAAGUAUGAGACCAGGUGGAGGCGCAUGAUGGGCAAAAACGAGCCGGUCUUCCAAGCGCUCUGGGCGGACAACAAGGACUUCGACCAGGUGCUCAUCUCGCCCGUCAUGAUCCAGGACCACAUGCCGGACAAGCUCCUCUACGCUCUCGAAAAGCUGCUGGUGAACACGGGCCCCACGAAGCCCACGCGGAAGGCGGCCAAGCCCCAGCCGGGGGUCACGCAGCACGACCAGGGCUCGCGCGACGCCCUCCUCACGGACACCCCGCCGAGCCGGUGUUCGCCCCCGCACGGCGUAGUGCUCGAGACCUCCUUCACCGACUUCUUGCCGCCGUCCGAGAUGGAGAGGCAGCAGUGGGACCAGUCUUCCACGGACCUCGCCUAUCAGAUGAAAGCUCUGCGUCUGGUGCCUGCGUCGCGAGAGGCUUCGGAGAAGAACGACGACUCCUUCGAAACAAGCUCCGCCUCCGAACUGCCAAUCAAAUCGGACACGGUGCGGCCAAACUGGAUGUCGUGGGCGCCGCUGGCAUCGCCCGAAACGUACUCCGAUGUAUCCAGCAUUUCUUCCAAAGGGAGCCACCACAGGAACAACGGCUCGGAAAGUCAUCCUUGGGCUGGCAUUCCCGUGAUGAAUCCUCUAGUGGCAUUCCGCCUCGAGCCACCGCCGUUGCCGCAACCAGAGGGCCCCAAGGACGAGGACACCUCCCCCGAUGCUGGAGCGACGCAGCAGGUCGUGACCCGGGCCACCGUCGAGGCGAGACCACCCUGGGUCCACCCGGACAUGCACAUUGCUCCACCCGAAUCCCGAGGCCCCGACGUGCGUCCGGCGGAUCUACACCUGGACUUCGAGGACUUUAAGGCUGAGGGAUUUUAUGGACGCACCGAAGAACAGCAGCCAAGUCAUCAAGGAAGCAUCUUGUACGCGUCCGAGAAAGACAGCACCUACGCGAGCACGAGUACGGGAGAACGGCUCUUCACCCCACGCGAGACAAAGCACGUGACCUUCGACCUGUACGGUUCACACGACGUCUGGCACGACCGCGGACUGCUCGAAGAACACGAGCCACGAGAACCCGCCGACGACGGGGAAGACUCCGGAGACAGCAUGUACAACUCCGGGGAAUCCUUUCCGCCAGCGUGCGCCGAAGAACAACAGUCUUCGAACGUCUAUGGCUACACGUGCUGCCAGAGAUCGCCACCCCCGUCGCCCAGGAGUGAUUCUGAGGAAGAGGACGAGAUUAGUAGUGACUCCGGAGGUGAGGAAGGCCACUACGAGCCCAGACGCCCACCCGGGUUGGUGGUGACUUCAGGUCCGAGGACGUCUAAGUGCUCACCCGUGGUCACUCGGCAGUCCAGACCGCCGCCGAUGGAGAGUAGCUUAUAGUAGCGACUGGUGGCGAUCUGACAGUGUGUGGUCGCUGUAGGGGAUUUUGUUUUAUUGAUUGUUUUUUUCGUCUGGUGCUCACUCGUUAUUGGGGACACCAUACAGUCAUAGGAUACGGUAUCUCUGUCGCGUUUUGUUUUUGUGUUGUUGUAACGUAUUAUAUGAAUGAGGUACAUGGUGGAAAUGGCGUUCCUCUCCAAGAGCAUUGACCACAAUCGAGAGGCUGAUUUCCGUUGCUGGGGCAUUUUGUGUAGAAUCGUGCUUUAUUUCGUCGGUUGUUCCGGUAAGAGUAUACUGGCCGAUUUGGUUAUACUCGCUGACACAGACUACGUUUUUGUUCUCUUAGCAUUCAUUUUAGCUUCGAAUUUCCGGCUUUGAGGUUAUGCAGGACCUGUAAGAUAACAGAGAUUUCUGCCCCUUUGUGAAGAGAAGUGAACUUGGGAGAUGCAUUCCAGUCGGUUGUGUGUGUUUUUAGCUGUUUGUUUCUUCAUUUUAUUCGUUUCUUUGUUUAAAGGGACACUGAAGAUGAUGUUAGGCUUUAUUUUAUUAAUAACCAUAUUUGGUAAGUGCAUCCCUUUACACAUGGGGCAACAUAACAUAUGUCCUUCUGCAGAAAAUUACGCUUUGAGGGUGUUAACAUCUAUAAUUAUUUGACAAAAACAGCAUUGAUUCUGUAUACCAGCCAAGGUUUUACUCUGAAUGUUAGACAUUAAUUUCUCGAAAUGCCCUGUUAGUAGGGCUAUGAAAACUUACUGUUUUAGAUAUGAAUCAAACGCCAAUAGUACAAAGAAGAAAGAUAGAAACUGAAUCAAAUGAAGUAUCUGCACAUAAUGGGAAAUGGGCUAUACUUCGUUUCACUUUAAAAAGACGCUGCAAUGAAAAACACAAUUUUAAAAGCUUAUAUGGGACGCGUAGUUUUUUUAGUAAUUUUACUACGAAAAAAAAAAUUUCUUCGUGCGAUGUUUACGCUGUUGGACGCAAGUUAGGUGGAUGUCAUGGCCCGCUCUAAGCCCCGCCCACAAACCAGUGGCCACGCCCAUUACCACUGGACUGGCUUGGCUGCUCGACCGAACACGCUAACUAGUCUGGUGUGGUGCCUGGAACGCGUCUCCGACUGGUGUAUUUACCUCGGCCAAAAAAGUGGUCCCUCAAUUUCCGCCUGAUGACGUCUUACAAGUGUCAUGCUGUCGCCGGUCGCGAUCCUGGCGGCACUCCAACAGCUGUGGUGUAUGUGGCAGUCCACGGAAGCUACUGCAGCAGGAAGUUGGGACGCCUGGGACGCCGUGACCACAGCGACAGUCGCGUUCGCUCGUGCUUUUCGCCAGCAUUUCUACGGCCGACCGCCAGGAUCGCGACAGGCAACAGCAUGACACUCCGGCUUCUGUGACGUCAUUUGUUGCCACUUUUGGACCACUUUUGAUGUACGGGCGGGAUAGGACGCUAAACACACCGUGUCGGAGACGCGAUCCAGGCACCAUAGUCUGGCGUCUGUCGCCACCUGCUAGUCGUGCGAGCGUAUACGCUUGGCAGCCUCCGGCAUUGUCUGCUAUUCCACACCUCCGUCUAUCGUCUUCUGCGAUGGCAGUGAGACGCGGACGCGAAACCUGCGCGUCGGCGUCCGUUUUCGCCUCCGUCCGUCUGCUAUUCCGCCCCCGUCUCAAAACGUCCGCAACGCUUGCAAGACGCGACCAGGAAAGCGGCGCUCUAGCGUUCCAUCAUGCACGCGCCACGUUCCGAUACAAGCGUACGUCUGUCAGCGUCUAUCAAAGUACGGUAAAAAGCGACCGAGAGAACGAAAAAAAAAAUCAACCAAAUAAAUAUGCAGUUCUACCGAAAGACCCAGUAUAACUUUUCGCUAUCUGGAUUAUGGAAAUUGAAAUAUAUCUGGAUUCUAUCUGAAUUUCAGGUUUUCAGAAAUAAUUGCUUUGUUUGCAAUAUGGAUUUUAGACUUCCAUAAACCAUUCCAGUUAGAUUUCCUAGUCCAUAAUCCAGAUAGUGAAAAGUUGUAAAAUAUUUUUUUCGGUAGGGAUUCCUUUUAGUUUUACUGUUCUUGCUAUUUUUAUUUCCUUAUUUUACAUGGCAUCCGCGAGCAUGGUGGGUGAGCGUCAUGACUCACAAUUAAAACGCACUGUAAAAAUAUUCGCUUUGGUAGGCCAGGGGGAGCGAAAAACUUUAGAGCUCUUUGCCUUUGGAGGCGAAAUGACGGGAGCAUAUCUAGACAGACUUGAUGCGACCCGAACGCCCGAUUGCCUCCAGCCAAACGGCUCGCAAAUUCUUACCUGUGUAGGAAUCUUCUCGCAACAGACGACGGUUGCACAAUUCGCAGAUCAACUGGGCCGCUUUUACGGGUCCCAACAUCGUUAUUCAGCACAAAUAGGUGCAAAGAAAAGCAAUCGAGCAAGAUCGAUCCAAAUAGUGAAUGUGGGACGCUAGGCUUGGGCCAGUCCCGCUACGAAACACUCGCAUAAUGGACCUUUUCCACAUACCGACGGCACCAGGCGGUGGCUGCACGAACUAAAAAUU